AUGCGGGAGGAGAGGCGGAGGGCAGGGGAACUUCCUGUCCCGGCUCCCUCCUGGCGGGAGAGCGGCGCGGAGGGGCUCUGUGUGGUGUUCCCGGGGUUGGUCGGAGCAGCCGCGGCCGGAAGAGCUGCAAAAAUUGAGUAUGUUGAACUCAAGGAAACCUUACCUGGAAAAGUCAAGGGGGACAGUUUCCAAAUUCAGAGAAAGAGAGAACGAUGUGGGAGAAGUAGAGAUUGUAGAUCCCGGCUGAUUAUUCAGGAGAGGAUCCACACCAGAGAAAAGCCAUACAAAUGCUGCAAAUGUGGCAAAAGCUUUACUUGCAAGAGCUCCCUGGUGAUUCAUCGAAGGACCCACACUGGAGAGAAGCUAAAGCAGUGCUCUCAAUGUGGCAAAAGCUUUAGCAGGCAUGCCAGCCUGGAGCAUCACAGGAGGACUCACACAGGAGAGAAACCGUAUGAGUGUCCGGAUUGUGGGAAAAGUUUCAGUUGGAAUUCCCAGCUGGUGAUUCACCAGAGGACUCAUACUGGAGAGAAACCGUUUGAGUGCCCGGAUUGUGGGAAAAGUUUCAGUGUCAAAUCCAGCCUGCUGGUACACCAGACGACUCAUACCGGAGAGAAACCGUAUGAGUGUCCGGAUUGUGGGAAAAGUUUCAUUCGGAAUUCCCACCUGGUGAGACACCAGAGGACUCACACAGGAGAGAAACCGCAUCCGUGUCUGGAUUGUGGGAAAAGUUUCAGUCAGAAUUCCAACCUGGUGAGACAUCAGAAGACUCACACAGGAGAGAAACCAUAUGAGUGUCUGGAUUGUGGGAAGCGUUUCAAUCAGAAUUCCAACCUGGUGAUACACCAUAGGACUCACACAGGAGAGAAACCAUCUGAGUGUCCAGAUUGUGGGAAGCGUUUCAGUCAGAAUUCACAGCUGGUGAUGCACAAGAGGACUCACACAGGAGAGAAACCGUAUGAGUGUUUGGAUUGUGGGAAAAGUUUCAGUCUGAAUUCCAACCUGGUGAUACACCAGAGGACUCACACAGGAGAGAAACCGUAUGAGUGUCUGGAUUGUGGGAAAAGUUUCAGUCUGAAUUCCAACCUGGUGAUACACCAGAGGACUCACACAGGAGAGAAACCGUAUGAGUGUCUGGAUUGUGGGAAAAAUUUCAGUAAGAAUUCCAGUCUAGUAAUACACCAGAGGACUCACACAGGAGAGAAACCGUAUAUGUGUUUGGAUUGUGGGAAAAGUUUCAGUCAGAGUUUCGACAUGGUUAAACACCGGAGGACUCACACAGGAGAGAAACCGUAUGAGUGUCCGGAUUGUGGGAAAAGUUUCAGUCGGAGUUUCGACAUGGUGAGACACCGGAGGACUCAUACAGGAGAGAAACCAUAUGAGUGUCUGGAUUGUGGGAAGUGUUUCAGUCAGAAUUCCCAGCUGGUGAUACACCAGAGGACUCACACAGGAGAGAAACCGCAUAAGUGUCUGAAUUGUGGGAAGUGUUUCAGUCGGAAUUCCCAGCUGGUGAUACACCAGAGGACUCACACAGGAGAGAAACCAUAUGAGUGCCUGGAUUGUGGGAAAAGUUUCAGUGAGAAUUCCCAGCUGGUGACACACCAGAGGAUUCUCACAGGAGAGAAACCAUAUGAGUGUCCAGAUUGUGGGAAAGAUUUCAGACUUAGGUCCCUCCUGGUGUAUCACAGGAGGACUCACACAGGAGAGAAACCGUAUGAGUGUCCGGAUUGUGGGAAAAGUUUCAGUCAGAAUUUCAGUCUAGUAAUACACCAGAGGACUCACACAGGAGAGAAACCGUGUAUGUGUUUGGAUUGUGGGAAAAGUUUCAGUCAGAAUUCACAGCUGGUGAUGCACAAGAGGACUCACACAGGAGAGAAACCGUAUAUAUGUUUGGAUUGUGGGAAAAGUUUCAGUUGGAAUUCCCAGCUGGUGAUUCACCAGAGGACUCAUACUGGAGAGAAACCGUAUGAGUGCCUGGAUUGUGGGAAAAGUUUCAGUGUCAAAUCCAGCCUGCUGGUGCACCAGAGGACUCAUACCGGAGAGAAACCGUAUGAGUGUCCGGAUUGUGGGAAAAGUUUCAGUCAGAGUUUCGACAUGGUGAGACACCAGAGGACUCACACAGGAGAGAAACCGUAUGAGUGUCCGGAUUGUGGGAAAAGUUUCAGUCAGAAUUUCAGUCUAGUAAUACACCAGAGGACUCACACAGGAGAGAAACCAUAUAUGUGUUUGGAUUGUGGGAAAAGUUUCAGUGAGAAUUCACAGCUGGUGAUGCACAAGAGGACUCACACAGGAGAGAAACCGUAUAUGUGUUUGGAUUGUGGGAAAAGUUUCAGUUGGAAUUCCCAGCUCGUGAUUCACCAGAGGACUCAUACUGGAGAGAAACCGUAUGAGUGCCCAGAUUGUGGGAAAAGUUUCAGUGUCAAAUCCAGCCUGCUGGUGCACCAGACGACUCAUACCGGAGAGAAACCGUAUGAGUGUGUGGAUUGUGGGAAAAGUUUCAUUCGGAAUUCCCACCUGGUGAUACACCAGAGGACUCACACAGGAGAGAAACCGUAUGAGUGUCCGGAUUGUGGGAAAAGUUUCAGUCGGAAUUCCCAGCUGGUGAUACACCAGAGGACUGACACAGGAGAGAAACCAUAUGAGUGUCCGGAUUGUGGGAAAAGUUUCAUUCGGAAUUCCCACCUGGUGAUACACCAGAGGACUCACACAGGAGAGAAACCAUAUGAGUGUCCAGAUUGUGGGAAAAGUUUCAUUCGGAAUUCCAACCUGGUGAUACACCAGAGGACUCACACAGGAGAGAAACCAUAUGAGUGUCCAGAUUGUGGGAAAGAUUUCAGACUUAGGUCUAGCCUUAUAAAUCAUGUAGGUUUACACAUAGGAGAGAAACCGUUCAAAUGCCCAGACUGUGGACGGUGCUUCACAAACAAUUCCUCCCUCAGCAGACACAAGAAAAGGCACAUGAGGCAGAACGUGAGGAAUGUAGAGAAGGCUUGAAUUUCACAUCUCAUCUACCUUUGGGCAUCCCCCUGAAAAGUUACGUAUUUAAUUUCUGGCCUGAUUCUUUGUAGUCAAAUAUGUCUCAGUAUUAGAGAUGAGGGGGGAGAGAAAAAAAAUGGAAAAUGUUAGUUUGAGAAAGGCUAACUAAACGUUUCUGGCUAUCAGCAGAAGUUCCCAGUAAGCUGCUGCAGGUCUUAAAAGAUAC